AAGAAACCUACAGUAAAAAUGAGCGAAUGAGAGUGACACACUGACAGGUUGUUGGUUCUCAAUGAGGAAAUUGUGACAUUUAGCAUCUGGAGGACUUCUGAACACAAGCUUGGGGGACACGUUCAAGAAUCAGGAAUGAACUCAUCCAGCGAGCUGUGCAGUGGGAGGAGUGGAGACUGACAAGUUUGAUAUAUUUUGCUUCACCAGGAUGGGCUGCGCUUGCAGUGGCCAGAAACAAGGGAAUGAUAGAAUCUACAAAGGAGAAAAAAAGUCUGAUACCUUCCACCUGUCCAAUCAUAUAGGUCAAAGUGGAAACUUUGUGGAUAAUGGUGAUGUUGUGUUUGUGGCACUGCAUGACUUCAACGGGACCAACGACAGUGAUCUACCUUUCAAAAAGGGAGACAGACUCAAGGUUUUACAAGAAAAUGGAGAAUGGUGGGUGGCUCAGUCACUGGUGACGAAAGAAGAGGGCUUCAUACCGUCUAACUAUGUAGCCCGGGCAGAUACACUGGAGGUGGAGAAGUGGUUUUUCAGGGACUUGAGUAGGAGGGAGACUGAACGUCUGCUUCUAGCACCGGGGAACAAACCGGGUGCUUUUCUAGUCCGAGAGAGUGAGACGUGUAAAGGGUCCUUCUCUCUUUCAAUCAGAGAUUAUGCACCAGAACAAGGAGAUGUGGUUAAACACUAUAAGAUCCGCUGUUUGGACAAAGGUGGCUACUAUAUCUCACCAUCCAACACCUUUCCAUCCCUACAGGAGCUGGUCAAAUACUACACCCGGACAGCAGAUGGGUUGUGUCAGCGGCUCUAUGCUCCCUGUAAGCCUAAAGCCCCUCAGCAGCCGUGGGCACAGGACGAAUGGGAGAUUCCCAGAGAAACCCUGAAAUUGGUGAAGAAACUGGGAGCCGGGCAGUUUGGAGAAGUGUGGAUGGGUUUCUACAAGAACACCCAGAAAGUAGCUAUUAAGACGUUAAAGGAGGGGACAAUGGAGCCUGAAGCUUUCCUCCAGGAGGCUAACCUGAUGAAGAAGCUGCAGCAUGAGCGACUAGUGCGCCUCCACGCUGUGGUCACUAAAGAGCCUAUUCUCAUCAUCACUGAGUUCAUGAUCAACGGAUGUCUUCUCGACUUUCUAAAAACAGAUGAGGGAAAAAGGCUCAAGCUCAAUAAACUGAUCGAUAUGUCAGCGCAGAUUGCUGAGGGCAUGGCAUACAUUGAGAGGAACAACUACAUCCACAGAGACCUGCGUGCUGCCAACAUUCUGGUCAAUGAAACGCUGCACUGUAAGAUUGCAGACUUUGGCCUGGCCAGGAUCAUCGAGUCAGAAUACACGGCUCAGGAAGGUGCUAAGUUUCCCAUCAAAUGGACAGCCCCAGAGGCCAUCAACUUUGGCACCUUUAGCAUCAAAUCAGAUAUUUGGUCCUUUGGGAUCCUGCUCACAGAGAUAGUCACUUAUGGAAGAAUCCCCUACCCAGGGAUGACUAACCCAGAAGUGAUUAGGAAUUUGGACAAGUCAUACAGGAUGCCUUGUCCUGACGGCUGCCCAGAGGAACUCUAUGACAUUAUGAUGAUGUGCUGGAAGCAGCGACCCGAGGAUCGGCCCACUUUUGAAUUCCUGCAGAACACUCUCAAUGACUUCUUUAUUGCCACAGAGGGACAAUAUGAGAUGCAGCCAUGAUUAAAGCACAAGGAGCUGGACAACCCCAAUAUCCUCUUUAUAACUUAUCUUUUUUUGUAGUAGUAGUUGAAAUGGACACAUUUUUACACCUAUCUUCUGAGGGAUCGCCAAAUUUACUGUAUUUGUGAUUUUUUCGUCACAUCAAUGAACAGUCAUUUCACUGACUUACUGCAGCCCUCAUGAAGUAUAAGAACUGAUGUGACUGAUCAAUGAUGGUUAAGAGGAAUAAGGAAAUACAAUCACAGCUCAUUCAUGGUGUUAAAAAGCCCUUGGACCUAAGGAAGUCAACUAAGGUAAAGUAACAUCUGCACGGUACAGAAGCAAGUAGCCUGAGAUUACAUGCACAAGUUUAGCACUUUUCUUAAACCCAUCAAAUGAAUACAAGGGCUUCUGAAAUAUGAUUUACAUAUGCAUACAUUUUUUUGUAAAUAAAAUAUUUGCAUUACAUGAAGCUUUGGUUUGUGCCUGUUAUUAUGUAGCUGGUUAUUUGCAGCUUUACAAAUAUUUUUCAUGUGGAUUUUGCAUUGAGGAUUAGCAGGUACAAUCAAUUUAAAUAGUCUCUUUGUUAACCCAUUAAAGCCCAUUGUAUCGUAUCUGACACAUACUUUUAUGAUGCCUCUAUCUUAUAAAUAUAAUCAAUAAAUUACUGAAAAACGAUUAUAAAAAUACCCUCAAGUGAAUUGUCAGUUGCCAAAAACGCCUGAUGUAUCAAAUGUGCGACAAAAAAUCUAUCUGUUAAAUAUUGUGGAAAUUUUGGGGUUUUCACAAGAAAUGUUCAAUAAACAAGAAUUUCCUGGCUAUUAUUUGUGUUUUCAGGCUUUAAGGGGUUAAGGUAGUGAUUGACUGAUUUGUCGUAAUGUGGUUGUUUUUAAACUGAUCUAUACCCAUCGCCACCUAGU